AUGGCAAAACUACUGCCCAGGCAAUGCAAUAGAAGUCAGGACAGAAAAAAGCCUGAAGACAACAACAAGCACUAUAGCUCUGUUAAAUGCUGCAGCAAGUUUGUCAGGCACCUUAACAAUGCUGGCACUUUGAGCUCUGAACCAAAUAAGGAAGUUAACAAUAAAGCUAUAGCAUGGGCACUUUAUAUGCCAAAACAAGAUGACCUUUCUGAGUUAGCCUGGGAUGAAGUUGAAUUUGUCAUGUUCACAAGUGACAUGGAGGCCUUUAUUGACUCUCCGGAUGAAGAAGACAUUAUAAUAACUUGGAACAGAGAUCAGAUGUUCUCUUCAGCAAAAUUGAUGAGUGCUCUAGAAGUACUUACUGCUUACAAAAGAGCAGAUAGAAAGGUGAAACCUGUGCCUGCAGUCUUUCCAAAAGAUGCAAGAGUUAAUAGGCAGUUUUUUGAAGAUCCAAUGGCCAGUUUGCCUACUUUGUCACCUAACCCACCUAAGUUUACUCCUAAUGGAGGCUGGCUUAGCUAA